GUUAGUAACUCCAAAGAUAAGUGAGUCCAUCUGUAAUUGACCCUAUAACCGAACAAACUAAAAUCCUAUAAGCUAUACUAUACGGAUAUGGUCUCCCGGGAGAAUUUCUUUCCCAGCUGAUUCUUCUUCCGAUAGUGCUCCGGAAUCGACCCGGUUCCUCUAUUUGGGCUGAAGGGGGAUUCUCUUCGCGAAAGCUUCGGGCGGCGGUGAAAAACAAAGGAAACCAAAUCGGGUAGUCCUGCAGCGAACAGGUUUGGCGCCGCGCCGGCGGGCGGCAAGAACCGGCAUCUGGGAGACAUGCUCCGCGGUUAUUUUACCGACUCUGAUGGCGAAGGAGACAUGAAAAGCUUCUGGCGGAUUAGGCGAAGCAAUUACUUCAAUUGGGAAAAGGUCGACGGAGGCGGCAGCUGGUGUUUCUAAUUUCUAAAGCCAGUUUUCGGGAAGCGAAAUGCAUGAGAACUGUUUGUGGAAAUGCCCCUCCGUGUAAAUGAACAAGCAAAAUGCAGAGUCGAAAGUGGCAAGAGACGGCGGAAAUUUUCGAAGUUGAAUCCAGCAGAACGCUCGUAUGGGUCAUCAAUCGAAUCCCGAUCAAAGAGGAAAAAGAAGCAACACCAGUUGAAGACUGCCUCAACAUUUCCCACAUCCCAACUAUCAGAUUCGACGAUAUGUAUGUUCAAAAGGAUGGUCUCUAUUUGGGAUAGAAGAACAAGAACAACAAGAACAAGGAGCAUCCUCACACACCCAAUUCUCAAGGUUGACCUGCAAACUUUCCCAGAGAUGUUCAUGGCAGCAUUUUUCAUUGUAUUGUUGAUUAAGUCAUUAGUGAAAUGUAUCAAACCCAAUUAAUUAGUAUCUAAAUUGGGCUGUUUGUUAUAAAAAUAAGUAGUGGGAAUGACAUAAUACAUGGGCUAAAGUGGAAUUAGCCGGAAGGAAAAGAAAGAAGAAACAACCAGGUUGCCGGUAAGUUCUCCGAUGAACGAAUUAAACAACUUCAUCUAUAUAUCGCCUACUCUACAAUAGCAGCAAGCUUAGCCGCCGCGACGGAAGGAGAAGAGCCGCCGCACCUGUCGGGAGCUCCGGCGGCAGGCGCCGCCAAUUGCUGGCGGUUCGCCUGAGCCAAGACAAGCGACUUGUAGAUCUGGAGGAUCAUCUUCUCAUCGUACUCCUUCACCGCCUUCCUCCCGAACGACGAGACGCCGCCGUCCCCGACCAUCCCGGCGCCGCCGGCGGAGUUGGCGAACCCGAGCAUCAUCCUGACGUAGGCGUCCCGGAGCCAGAUGAAGAACCUCUUGGGCGAGGCGAGCUUGUCCAUGAACUUGAGCUUGGGCUUGAUCUUGACCCGCCACGAAAUCCUCCGCCGCCGCCUCCCGCCGCCUCCGAGCUCCACCUGCCGAAUCCUGGUCGAGGCGGAGGCGCCCCCGCCGUCGAUGCGGUGGUAGCCCUGGCGCUUCCAGUAGCGUUUCAUUUUGGUGUAUACGGUGGCAGAGACGCCUUCCAUUUGGGAAUUUUAUUGUGAAUUGAGAAUUCGUGAGGUUGAAGGGGAUAAGAGAAGAAUUGGGGAUCUGGAGGAUUUUGCAGGCUGGUUGUAUGGCGUGAAGGAGCUGGCUGGGAGAGUGGGAGACUUAAAUGAAAGGCGAGGUGGAUCAGAAUUCAGAGGUACUGGUUGGCGGUGGCGUACUGGUUUCUGGUACCUACCUAUUUAUUAUUGUGCUGCUGCGGUAGAUGUUGGGCUGAAAAUUAGCGAGAUGCACGUUCGACUCGAGAAAAGCUCGUUCGAAACUCGGUCAAUUAAGGUUUGUUCAGUUUGGGAGUUA